CGGACUCGGGAGGACUUUUGAAAAGCUCCCGCAGCCGCCGCGGCUACCGCUGAAGGGAAAGACCGGGAGAAGAAGCGGCUGGGCCGGCCCUCUGCGGCCUUGACGCCGCCUCGCCAGCGGGCUGGGUGGCGCAGCGAUCGCGGGUGUGUAAGCGGCAACGGAGGCAUAUCAGUGUGCCGGAGAUGAUGUGGAGAGACACUUUGGGAGUUACUAACAUUGACGGCAUGGAUCAUUCUGUGCUCAGAAGGGAGGUGUCAGCUGUGCUUCAUGACAGAUCUCUGGUUGAAGAGGAGGACCCUCACAUGAAAGUAUCUCUUGGGAGCAGCGAUAUGGGUGUGUCUGCCCAUCUGCAGUCUUCCAAGGCAGGAACCACAAGAUUUUUCACCAGCAAUACUCAUAGUUCUGUGGUACUACAGGGUUUCGACCAGCUUCGAAUAGAAGGUCUGCUUUGUGAUGUGACACUUGUGCCAGGCGAUGGGGACGAAGUGUUUCCUGUUCAUAGGGCGAUGAUGGCAUCGGCUAGUGAUUACUUCAAAGCCAUGUUCACAGGUGGGAUGAAAGAACAAGACUUAAUGUGCAUUAAGCUCCAUGGUGUGAACAAAAUAGGUUUAAAGAAGAUCAUUGAUUUUAUUUAUACUGCAAAACUAUCUCUCAACAUGGACAACCUUCAGGACACUUUAGAAGCUGCCAGCUUUUUACAGAUCUUGCCCGUUUUGGACUUCUGUAAAGUGUUUCUUAUAUCUGGGGUUUCCUUAGAAAACUGUGUUGAAGUGGGGCGGAUUGCCAAUACAUACAACCUCACCGAAGUGGAUAAAUAUGUGAACAAUUACAUCCUCAAGAAUUUUCCUGCAUUGUUAAGUACUGGUGAGUUUGUGAAACUCCCCUUUGAGCGCCUUGCCUUUGUCCUUUCGAGCAAUAGCCUUAAGCACUGCACUGAACUGGAACUCUUCAAGGCUGCCUGUCGCUGGCUGCGGUCUGAGGAGCCACGGAUGGAAUACGCAGCAAAACUCAUGAAGAACAUCCGGUUCCCUCUGAUGACCCCGCAGGAUCUUAUUAACUAUGUUCAAACGGUGGAUUUCAUGAGGACUGAUAAUACUUGUGUGAACUUGCUGUUGGAAGCUAGCAACUACCAAAUGAUGCCCUAUAUGCAGCCCGUUAUGCAGUCGGAAAGGACGGCCAUCCGCUCGGACAGCACCCACCUGGUCACACUGGGCGGAGUGCUACGGCAGCAGCUGGUGGUCAGCAAGGAGCUGCGGAUGUAUGAUGAAAAAGCACACGAGUGGAGGUCUCUGGCGCCCAUGGAUGCACCCCGGUACCAGCAUGGCAUUGCUGUGAUUGGGAACUUCCUUUACGUUGUUGGCGGUCAGAGCAAUUAUGACACAAAAGGCAAAACAGCGGUUGACACUGUGUUUAGGUUUGAUCCUCGCUAUAAUAAGUGGAUGCAAGUGGCUUCAUUAAACGAAAAGCGAACCUUCUUCCACCUAAGUGCCCUCAAAGGACAUCUGUAUGCAGUUGGUGGUCGGAAUGCAGCUGGCGAGUUAGCCACAGUGGAGUGCUACAAUCCAAGGAUGAACGAAUGGAGCUACGUGGCCAGAAUGAAUGAGCCUCACUAUGGCCAUGCGGGGACUGUUUAUGGGGGCCUGAUGUAUAUUUCAGGAGGCAUCACCCAUGAUACUUUCCAGAAGGAACUCAUGUGCUUCGAUCCCGACACGGACAAAUGGACUCAGAAGGCUCCGAUGACCACAGUCAGGGGCCUUCACUGCAUGUGUACUGUUGGCGACAAGCUCUAUGUCAUUGGCGGAAACCAUUUUAGAGGAACCAGUGAUUAUGAUGACGUUCUAAGCUGUGAAUAUUACUCUCCAACCCUAGACCAGUGGACACCAAUCGCUGCUAUGCUCCGUGGUCAGAGUGAUGUCGGGGUGGCUGUGUUUGAAAAUAAAAUCUAUGUAGUUGGAGGAUAUUCGUGGAACAACCGCUGUAUGGUGGAAAUAGUUCAGAAGUAUGACCCAGAAAAGGAUGAGUGGCAAAAAGUCUUUGACCUCCCAGAGUCCCUUGGGGGCAUCCGUGCCUGCACACUGACAGUGUUCCCUCCCGAGGACAAUACAGGGUCACCUUCUAGAGAAUCUCCUCUUUCGGCACCUUGAGAAAUAUCCCUGGACUUGCAAUGACAUUGAACCAAUACUGUUGCACUCCAUCAUGGGUUCUCCUUUUUUCUUUUCAGUAGUAUCUCUAAGGCUUACCUGAAAACACUCGGCACAGUUAUUGGCAGGACAGGGGGGGAGGGCAUUGCAGGCAGAACAAUGAUUUUUGUUACAUGUGCUGUUUGAUCUAGGAUGUCUCUGCAAUUGACAAGAGAACGUUCUGAAAAAGUCUUUUUGGAGCCAAAUGAGUAACAAAUGAGGCAAUCAAGGUGGCUUUUAAAAAGAAAAAGUAUUUGAUUUAGGCACAUUAAUGUUAUGUGUUGAGUGUGAGGGAGGUUGAAAAAGUGGUGAUGGAAAGGGGGACAGGAGGAUCUCGGUUGCGGUUUGCAAAGUUGUGGAGCUGAAUGCCUUCCUUCCUCAUUGCCUCUUUGAAAGGGAGGCGACAUUGACCAGUGCAAAUGGUCAGCAUCUGUCUUGCCUCAACCUCCUCCCCCUUUUAACAGAGCGUAUUUGACUUAUCCAUGAAUCCAGUUAACUCUGUGGGUGCUGUUUGGAGGAUGUGGAGUUCCUAAGGCAGAGAGGCAGGAGAAGCCCAGCAGUUUGGAAACAUGAACGAGUAUACAACAGUUGGACCCUGAAAUUAUAAACUAGGGUAUGUGCUUGUGGAAUUUUAAAAAAAAACCUUUUUGAGGUAUAAAAUAAAACAUAAAUAUGAAGAUUUUAAUCAAUCCCCCUUCCCGAUUCAACUUCAGUCAUUAUCGAAACAUAAGAUAUUCUUACAUGGGGAUUCAGUUCAGUUGUGCAAGCUGGUUGGAUGCCUGCACUAAGUUUUAGGUAGACAAGGGCUAGAAAUGUUUAAUUUUAAGCCACUAAAUUUUGACCAAAUUCUUCCAUUCACAUGAAAUUUCUCUUUUCUCCCCCCGUUUUGUUGGCAAGAUAAUUUGCCCAUUACACCUCUGUAUAAAAUCUCAGUUAAUGUGGUUAUUUAGCACAAAAUGCAGCUUGGGCCAAGAGCUGCUUUUGCUCAGAGAAUUCAGACUACCCUGUUUCUUUUGUUCAAUAAAACCUUU